UGCUGCCACACCCUGCUGAGGAGCCAAACCAGGAAGAGUUUUCACAAUCCCACAAUGGAGAUACUGGUCUUGUCCUUACUUCAUUGUGCCUUGUUGACUCUGGGCCAAGCUGUUGUCCUUCCUAAUGCAGAAGCUAUAAAGUGGACCAAUAGAACAGAUGCACAAAUUCAUCCAGCAGAAGAGGAUACAGCUCCAAAAGCAAACGACCAGACUUCAGGUUCCUGUUCUUCUGGCUGGUCUGAGUUUAAUGGACGCUGCUUUCGCUACUUUCCUGUGCCAAGGACUUGGGCCUCAGCUCAGAAAAACUGUGUGUCCUUGCAGGCUAGUCUUGCAUCAAUCCAUAAUAUUGAUGAGUAUCAUGAGAUUCAAAGGCUGAUAAUGGCUACAAGUAAAGAGCACAAAAGAACAUGGAUCGGAGGCUCUGAUGCACAAGAGGAAGGCACAUGGUUGUGGAGUGAUGGAAGCCCUUUUCACUACACAAACUGGUGUGCUGGAGAGCCUAAUAAUGGGGCUUCUCAUCCCAGAGGCAUUCAGCACUGUUUGCAAAUGAACGAUAAAGCUGAAAAAUGCUGUGAUGAUUUAUGGUGUAACGACGCUCUGCCAUUUGUCUGCGCCAAGAAAAUCUGCUCCUGUGCUCCCUGAGAGUCUGGAUGUCAAAGACAAAAAAAGAGAGAAGGUCACAGAAUAGUCCCAAACCAGCAGCAGGAAAGUUACCACUUUUGAAAAUCGCUUUGAAUUUUAUGCUAACCUCUGAAUCCAGCAAUAACUCAAAGACCAAAUGUACUUAAAAAUAUGAACAUUAAAUAGGAAAAAAAGAAUAAUAAUAUAGUGUUUUUUGUCAUCUUGAUAAUUUGUUGUACUUUUUACAGAUUCUAUUUUGAUAAAAUGUUACCAUUUUGGUUGUAUUUUAUUUUUUCUACCACUGUGUUGCAAAUUGAAGAUUUCCACAAUAUACCAAUUGGCCUAUCUCACUAAGGGGUAUGUUAAAACUAUUAGGCAAUUGAUUCCAUUGAAAUCCUAAAAUUUCAAUUGAGGCCAAUUUUAUUCAAAGUUUGGUGAAUUUUCAAAUAAGUUUGGGCCAGGGUUUGGUACUUUCUAUUUUAACCUUCAACAUUGACCUGUUCAUUUACUUCAAAUAAGAAUUUCUAUGCUUGUUGCAUUAAACUGAUAUUUAUAUUGAGUGAAAUGCGACAAUAAUUUCAAUUGUUUUGAGCCUAAAUGUAGGUGUUUCAAAAGGUUUUCUUUAUUGUCUUAUUUUCUGUUCUUGCUACUUUGAAUUUAUAGUAUUCACCAACGAUUCUCCAAUUUGCUCAUGUUUAAAGAAAAACAUAUGUUGCCUUAAUUUAGUUAAGUUGCGAUUGAGUAUAACGGAUCCAAAAGUUACGGAAAAAAGACACAAUAUUUGAUUAACUUGGAUUCAAAUUGUAAUUUAUGAUGAAAUGCUAAACAUUCAUGUAUACAGAUUCACACCAAUUUACCAAUUUUGGUCUACAUGGGGAACUGGAAUGCUUUGGACUAUGUUAAUAUUACUUCCAGCCCGUGUUGAUCUUGCAGUGAAUAUCUUACUUAUUUCUCCUUUAAAGGCUCAAAUGUGCAUUGUAAAUGUACCACUAGAUGACAAUGAAGCUGGUCUGUUUGUUUUUGCUUUUUGUGGAUUAUGUGUAAAUUAUGUAUUAUGUACUCAAGAAUAAUUUAAUGCAAAUCUUUGACAAACCAAAGCACAUGUAAAGCCGAUAGAGUCGUCUUUAUACACUUUUGUUAAUCUACAAAAGUGUAUAAAGCAACUGUUUUACAAUACAUUAGAUUUUAUCUUGAGCGUAACAAAAUAAAAGGGUGUGGUUGA